GAUAUUGUACUUAGAAUUUAUUUUGAAAAACUUAAUGUGCCAAAAGAAGGGACACUGUGAUUAAAUCAGUAUUAUUAACAACAAUUUGUGUUGAUAUAAAGAAAUACACAUAGAUAGAAAAAAGUAUUUGUGACUGCAGUAACAAAUGGUGAUAGUGCCCUUUAGUGUAUGAGACUUGAACGUAGGAAGAAGUUACAGUGCAUCAAAUAUUGUGUGGUACAGUGUUUAAUUGACGGUGCACCUGUUCUGUGUCACCAUUCAUGCGCAAGUCGGUAGGUUCCUGUAGAGUGUCGCUCGUAGCGCCGCGGUGCCUGGUGAUGUGCUUCACCAGGCGGCUUUAGAAACCGCAAGAUUACCGCCGGGAGGAGAUCCAGCAGCGGUGGCAGCGGGGGCACAGGCAGGCUCCGGGCUGCCACUGCUGCUGUUGUGGCAGACGCCGACGCCGGCAUGGAUCGUCGCUCGAGAUCGCCCAUGAAAAAGCCGGAAAUUAAACGGCGUCCGCUGAGCAUCACGCGCCGCCGCCGCACCUCGGUGGACGAGGGCCGCCAGGUCACACACGCUCGCAAAGAGUUCGUUGCGCACGGAGCCAAUGUGAACUGCCUGGCGUUGGGUCACAAGUCCGGCCGGGUUCUGGUCACCGGCGGAGACGACAAGAAGGUCAACCUAUGGGCGGUGGGCAAACCCAACUGUAUCCUGAGUCUGUCAGGCCACACAACACCAGUUGAAUGUGUGCGUUUUGGUGGAUCCGAGGAACUGGUGUGCGCCGGGUCCCUGAGUGGUGCGCUGAAGAUAUGGGACCUGGAGGCCACCAAAAUUGUCCGGACACUGACCGGACACAAAGCCAACAUCAGAUGCAUAGAUUUCCACCCUUAUGGGGACUUUAUCGGCACGGGUUCCCUUGACACAAACAUUAAGCUGUGGGACAUUAGACGAAAAGGUUGCAUCUUCACAUAUAAAGGGCACAACCUAACAGUCAAUAGCCUGAAGUUUUCCCCAGAUGGCCAGUGGAUAGCAUCUGCUGGAGAAGAUUGCAAUGUGAAGUUGUGGGAUCUUCGAGCUGGCAAAAUGAUGACAGAAUUUGCCCAACACACUGGGCCUGUUAGUGAUGUAGAAUUCCAUCCUCAUGAAUUCCUAUUAGCCUCUGCAUCACAUGACAGAACUGUAAACUUUUGGGAUCUAGAGAAAUUCUCUCUAGUCUCAUCCACAGAUGCUGAUACAGGACCCAUCAGAACAAUUGCCUUUCAUCCUGAUGGUGAUUGCCUGUAUGCAGGAUCUCCCGAUAUUCUCAAGGUGUAUGGGUGGGAGCCUGCCCGUACAUUUGACACAGUUGCUAUGGGUUGGGGCAAGAUUCAAGAUAUUGCCAUUGCCCAAAAUCAGCUUAUUGGUGCAGGUUUUCAUGGUGUGCAUGUGUCUCUGUAUGUGGUUGACCUGAAGCGGGUUCAGCCCUUCGGUGGGCCCCAGCAAGAUGUCCCAUCAACUUUCAGACAUGGUGCAGCUAUACGCAAGAGUUUUAUCAAGGACAAAAACUCUGGAAAGGCUACAGCGGAAUCCAUGAAGACUGAAGAAGCCUCAGACACAGGUGGUGAAGAGCCACAGGAGGAGGACCCACCUCCAGAGAUCACAAACCUAAAUGAUUACAAUUCAAUCUUCCAGACCAGGAGAGAGUUACAGAGAACACCACCUCUUCCUGAGCCCAAACCUCCCAUUAACAAUAAUAAUGAUCCAAUGGUACCUCAAGUUAUGACCAGUCCGGAUGUCAUUCGUCCUGAGCCUUUGAGAGCUAUGCCAAUACCAACUACAAAACCUUCAACUCCUGACUCAACACGAAGAGGAUCGUCACACACUGUGUCGCAUCUGCCGAGGCCUAUACCAACCCCAAGAGAAAUUAUAACUCCUAGAUAUGACAAUGGUAACCAGCCACAGACUCCUCCCUCACACUCCACCAGUUUUCCAAGUCUCUAUGAGAGACGUGGAUCCUCCCAGGAACAGUCUAGCUACGUCUCCCCCCACAGGGAUUAUUCACUAAGUGGAAAUGCAAGCCCUAACUUGAGUCAACCAUACAGAGCUCGUGCAGUAUCUGAGAGUAGAAGAGAUUCAAGAGAGCCUUCCAGUUCUUCACAUGAAGCAGAAGGAAAUAGGUAUGCUAUCAGGCACAGCCCAUCUGAACCUUACCUGGUGAGACAGUCCUCUUCACCAGGCCCUCCAGUCUCAUCACCAGCAUACCAUGAUUCAGCACCACACUUACCACAGCUUCCUCGACCAGAUCUUACGAAUCUUAACCGAACACAAGCUUCAUCGAAACCUGACCUUACCUCUCAUUCCAAGCCUAUGGAUCGGCCAGCCUUAGUAAAGCCUACGUCAAGGGUUCAUGGGCCUCAGAGCCCUGAUGUGUCAUACCUAAACACCCCCAAGAAUACCAGUCCAGAUAUAUCAUAUAUGGGAACACCCAAGGAACCUCCAGAUUAUGGCUAUAGUCAAGAUAAAAUGAAUGACAUUGAAUAUAGCUCAUCAUACUCUACAGAUAAUGGAACUAUCAACUUUGAGGACUUUUUACCAAAUAAGCUGAGUGGACUAGGGUUUGGCAGCAAUGGUGUUACUGGUAUUGCAGGAAAUGAAAUGUCAGAACAAGAAGUUUUAUCCAGCAUUAUGCGUGGUCAUUCUUCCAUGAUGUCUGUCAUAUCUGCACGGACAAGGGGGCUACAAGUCACACACAAGCUGUGGCAGACAAAAGACUUGAAAACUGCUGUAGAUCAUGCACUAAACUCUGGAGAUCAAGCAUUGCUUGUUGAUCUUCUUGGAAUUAUUAACCUCAGACCGUCAAUAUGGAACUUGGAUCUUUUAACAGCCUUAUUACCACCUGUAAGUCUUCUGUUGCAGAGUAAAUAUGAAAUGUAUGUAACCUGUGGUUAUAAUGCUCUGAAGCUCAUGAUAAAGAACUUCGCUGUUAUGAUCAAGUCCAAUAUGUCUGGUCCAAUUCAUUCAGUAGGAGUUGAUAUAUCAAGAGAGGAAAGGUACAAUAAGUGUAUAGAAUGCUACAACCACAUGAUGUCAAUCCGAGCCUUCCUUCUUAAACGACAAACUGUUCCAGGGAAGUUAGGACCUAUGUAUCGAGAGCUAGUAAUUUUAAUGCAGGCAUUUGAAUAAUUUUUUUCUUUUUCUUUUUUUUCUAUGGGGGAGGACUAGUCUUGCAUAUAAAUGGAUUACAAGAGAGAGAAUAAAAGAUCUUGUUUUUGUAUUAGUGUUGCUUUUUGAAAAUCACCAUGCCCAGAAAACCAUGAUUACAAGGAUAAAGGAAAUAUAUUGAUUAUCCUUCACCAUACUAGAAAAAAAAUAGGUGCUUGGUAAUGGAAACAUACUUAAAUUCUGCUUGAGAACAAGAUUUUUGGUUAACAUGAUGGAAACAUUUAUUAAACUUUUUUGUUUAAAAUUGUACUUCAGUUAUGAAUGUAGGUGCUUCAUAAGUUUUUUAUGGAAUAUAAAGAUAUUAAAAGAGGAAAAAAUUAAAGAAGUUAAGAAAUGGGAUUCUCUCAACUCAGAGCAUCAUGGAGCCAAUCACAAAACUCCAUUCUCAAGUGUUUGUCAGUGUUGUCUCUGGCUAUUAUACAAUGACGAGGUGUAGUAAGUUUUGUACAGAUGUAUGAGUAGAUCAUUAAUUGUGCCUUCUCAUUUCCUACUCAAGUCUGUAUGUGAUAGAGCAGAGGUAGUCAUAUGCAAUAUUAUGGUAUCAGACAUGAUCCCUUCCUUUUGUGGCCAUGUCAUUUUCAAGGGUACGAUUAUGCAAGCUGUAUGAUUAUUGGUCAUUAAUGAGAAUGGUAUAUUAUCAUUCUUCAGUACAUUUAUAUACACGUAAGCAGCGAGUUUAAGGAUUUCUCAUUAGCCAGACUUCUUUGUAAUUGAUGUAUUCAUAUAAUAAGUAUGAUACGAGUCAACAUCGUUAGCAAUGUUAUGACCUUGUCUUACAGCUUGUACACUACAUGGCCAUUACUUUGUCUCAUUUAGGGUGAAUUAUCAUUGAAAUAGUUGUUGCAAAGGGAAAGUACUAGUAAGUAUAUUGUAUAACUUUUAAUUUGUUAAUCAUGGCCUGCAUGAGGUUACAGUCAGGAAUCACAACCAUCCUUGUAACUCUAGAGGCUCCUUUGAUUUUUAUGGAUUAACUUUAUUUUUCCCUUUUGUAACAGAGCCAUGUUGCCCGCCUUGCCUUCUAGUCUUGGGCAUAAAUUCUUGACCCACCCCAUGAGCAUAAAUGUUUUUCCUUCAGAAAUAAGAAAAGAGAAGGUGUUUCUCAAAAAUUUAGGUUUGAGCUUGUCGAAACUCUGCUCAAAGGUGAAUGAGAAUUUGUGUCUUGGUGCGCUCUAACCCUAUGAUCCCAUGGUAGGGUCAGUGCCAAAUAGCAUUAUAUAAGAUCACUUUCUUUUGUAAACAUAGCAAAUCAUAUUUCUUGAAAGCUGGAUAAAAAGGCAAUGACUGAUAUCAUUACUGGAUUCAUUUUUGAAUAUUUGCUUGAAAAGGUAUUUUUCCAGGUUUGUGAUAUUAUUUUACUAUUUCUGAAAUCUUGAAAAUGUCACAGCCUUUCUAGUGAUGGAAAGCAAUGUUUAAGGAAGGAACUGUGCUCUACUGAAUUGCAACAGAUGCCAUUAUGGGUGCACCAGCACAUGGGUCAAAUAAAGGUAUAUUUAAUGCUUGCUUUCAGCUAUUUAUUUUCAAAGUCAGUAGUCCUGUGCCUUUAAGGUCCCCCCCCCUCUUCCUAAGUGAAAUGGAUAACAUUCUGUUCAGUUAUGAUGAUUUAAUAUAACCUUAAUGGGCUGCACAUAACGGAUAGCCUGCUAUAGAUAGAUACAAUAUACAUUUACAGAGUUAUGUUUUAUAAGCAUUAAUAAAGGAAUAAACUUGUACAUAUAAAUUCAGUUAACAUAGCACUGUUUAAUUUUUGUUUUAAAAAAUUGCAGAUAUCUCAGUGUGAUGGUUAAGUAACCAGGUUUUAAAAAAUGCUUUUGAAAUGCUGGAUGACAUUCAUUAAGUAUAAUUCCAUCCAUGUAAUAAAGGUACUCAUCUUCACCAUAACAUCAUCAAAAUCCCAUGUUGGCACGUGUUUAAAUGACUGCUGAUUAGGCCAAGUUGUUACACAAGUUAACAUCAACUUACACCCAUUCCAAAGUAACAAAAUGACUUAACCAAAUAAGUUAGCAUAAGUUUUUAUUUACCUUAAGUAAUGGCUGUGUUGAAGGGUUAAACAAUAUUUGUUUAUUAAGUUUACACUAUCAUUCAGUUCUGAUUAUUGAUUAUGCUUUAUUUUUUAUGGAUAUGUGGUUGCAAAUGCCUAAUCGUUGGUGCUCACAAUAAUUAUGGCUAAAAUAGAUCUCAAAAGUGUUUUGUUUGCUUCAAAGAAUUUUUUUUCUUUACAAUGCUUUCAUUUGUAUGAUAGUUUAGCAUGCUUUAUGAAAAGGAUCUGUUGAUAGUGUGUCUGUAAGUGAACAGUAUCAUUCAUAUUCCUGUAUAUCCAUUUUCACAAUAUCAGUCUUUUUGAUGGAAGUGACAAUAACACUUAUUGGUUUUAUUAUUAUAUUAACAUCUUGAUCUGUCAUAAUGAAGUGACAAGAUAUGGAAAGUAUUUAUACUGUAAAUAAUAUGGUGUACAUAAUUUGUGAUAAUAAAAAUAUUGUUAAUUUCU